UGUCGUAUCUCCUUUAAUUUUUUCUGAGGAUUCUUUGCCGGAUUCACGCGAUCAUCCUUUCUUUCUUGACAAUACUUCAAACGUAGAUGUGUUUAGCAUACUGCGCCAGGGGUUCGAGUGUGAAAUACCUUGGCAUGGCCGUGAAUUGUCUCGAGCUCACUGGUGUCUGAGAGCCACCAAACGAGCUUAUCAUAACAGAUUACGACGCAAUAAUAUAUUCAAUCUGAUUUCCAUGGUCCAAAAAGGGCAGACUUACUUCUUUGAUUGCAUACAAGUUUCUCCUUCUCGGAGAAAACUCAUUCAAGUUGCGGAAUUCCUGACAGGAAUACUAAUUCUCUGUAGGCUUGUGAUGCCAACGAUGGUGCUUCUUUUCUUUCUGGCUUACAAUCUAUGGUGCAUGCUAGAGAAGGUGGAUAACGUCGAGAAGUUUCUUCCUAAUCAGCAGAGUCUAACACCCAAGAGGUUUGCCUAUGCCGACAUCAUUGCGAUCACAAAUCAUUUUAGAUACAAGUUGGGGCAGGGAGGUUUUGGAUCAGUGUUCAAAGGGGAGCUCCCUGGUGGUGUUUUAGUAGCCGUUAAAUUGUUGGGCAACUCCAAGUGCAACGGUGAUGAAUUCAUCAACGAAGUAUCCACCAUAGGAAGGAUUCAUCAUGUCAAUGUGGUGAGGCUGGUUGGAUUUUGCUCGGAUGGAUCGAAAAGGGCGCUCAUCUACGAGUACAUGCCCAAUGGCUCACUGGAUAAGUAUAUUUUCAAUCAAAACCACAUCUUUACCUCUGAAAAACUCAUAGAUAUUGCCAUCAACAUCGCUCGAGGCAUUGAUUACCUGCAUCAAGGGUGCGACAUGCAAAUUCUCCACUUCGACAUCAAGCCACACAACAUUCUCCUGGACCAUAAUUUCACCCCCAAGAUUUCUGAUUUUGGACUCGCAAAGUUGUAUCCAAAGCAUAAUAAUAUCGUUUCAGUAAGUGCUGCAAGGGAGACAAUAGGAUACAUAGCACCCGAGGUAAUAUCUAGGAGUUUUGGAACUAUAUCAUAUAAAUCAGAUGUGUAUAGUUUUGGAAUGCUAUUGAUGGAGAUGGCCGGAAGGAGGAGGAAUGUGAACCCCCUUGCUGAGAAUUCUAGCCAAGUCUAUUAUCCCUCUUGGAUUUUCGAUAAGUUGAUGAGUCUAGACGAAAACAAUGUACUCCAACUUAGUAGCAGCUUUGAGAUAGAGGACUCAGAAAAGAGGCUAUCAAUUGUUGGAUUGUGGUGCAUCCAAAUGAGGCCAUCAAACCGCCCUACAAUGGCAAGAAUCCUAGAGAUGCUGGAAGCCGAUGUGGAGACUCUGCCUCUGCCCCCGAAGCCAUUUUUCUCUUCCACAAAUGAAAAUUUUGAAAGAGAGACAGGUUUGGAUUCAUUGAAUUCCUCUGAGCUUUUAAUUAUUUCAGAGUGAAAGAAAUGUUCGUUAGAAAUAUAUAUACUUAAAUUCUGGAUGUGAGGAUAUUAUAUAUAUAGUUAAACGGAUGAGAUUUCUCAUUUUGAAACAACGUCUUCAAAUAUGAGAUUAUUUUAGUACUUUUUGUACUGAGGCAAUAGUUUAAUGCAUGUCGAUUGAAGAAAUUAAAUGAAGUCUAAAACAGUUUGAGAAGAAAGUUGAGAGUAAAAUGUUGUAGUAUAAAAUGAAAUUAUAAUUAUUUUGUUAUGUAAA